AUGGAACUGCAUCCUCUGGAAACCGCAGCGGUGCGCAUCCUGUUUUGUGGGCGACCCGCCCUGACGACCGGUAUCGUGAACCUGCGCGUGCUUCUUGGUGGCGAUGGGCAGUACUGCCUGGCAGAGAAGCGAAAGGCAAAGCUGUACCACAGCAGCCGCCAUGGUACCCAGGGAGACGCGGCAGUCAGCAACGGCGUCGAAGCUAGUGUUGAUUCCGAGGAGAAGCGCGAGAGUGUCUACCGCGUCUGCUCCUCUGAAGGACUGCCUGACGGAUGCUAUCAUGUGAAGGCAGAUCGGCACUACUGGGUCAUGCACACGAAGGGCGGGUUCAGGGCAGCCGUCUCAACAACAGCAACAGCGGCAACACCAACCCAGCCUUCCGCAUCACUUUGGAACACGCAAGGCACUCUGGCCUCGUCGUCGAUGCCUCUCGCAGCAACCGCAUCGACAGCGGGCCCCUCGAAGGUGGAAGAAGAUGUGUUGGCGAGGAGCACGCAAGACCAAGGUACUGCUGCCAGUGCCCCAGCAGAAGCGGCGGAUGCGACGGCGGUGACGGUAAAGUCGUCCUCAGCGCUGACACCUGCAGAUGAUGCGGCGCGUGCUAGUGUAGCAAGAAAGCAGAAGGUGGUUUCGAUGAAGAGAAAGGACACGCGACGCCUGAAGGCUGUCGAAGAGGGCAUGGACAAACUCCCGCUGAUCACCACCACAUUCUCCAAUUUGGCCCCUCUCGCGGAAGCGUCACCAACGCAAGAGCAGCAGCAGCAGGGGGCGUCCAUGCGUGCUGUGGACGUGGUCGGCGAUGUGGAGGCGGCGCUUGGAGAGCAGCCCCUGGGCAUUCCUCUCUCCGCGCAGCAAUCAGCCACGGUGGCAACCGACGUUUUCGUCGCGUGUGAAGAAGCGCCACUCUCACGGCAGCAGCAGCAGCAGCAGGAAAAGCAUCGGGAGAGACGCAAGAAGACUUCGCGUGUGCACGUCGAUGCCGUCACGGAAGAGGGCAAAAGCAGCGAGGCCGCUGCGGCGGGAAGCCGCGUGAGCACAAAAAAGACACGCGACAGCAGCCGUGCAGGCGGCGGCAGCGACUUCAACGGCGAAGUUGGGGGUGGCAUGCCUCUUGUGGAGCAGCUCGCCGCCGAUGCAUCUCAGCCCCCGAAGAAGCCGCAGCAUCGUGGAAAGCGGCGCCGCAGCGAUGAAGUCACGGCCGAGGAUCCGCCGGCACUACCUCCCGUGCGGCACCCAAGCACCCAGGUCAAGUCUCUAACGUCGUCUCUUCCAGAGACGUCGCCGCUGCCGACGCCGGAAAAGAGCAAGGCGGCGCGGAGGAAGAUGGACCUGAGGCAAGACGAGGUCGCGGCUUCCGCGCCUGCAUCAUCUGCCGAUCUAAGGGAUGCCACCCUACCUCAGCCGUCGACAGUCACCGACAGCGACACCGAAAGUGCUCCAACGCCGGCAUCACCUGCACGCAAGUCACGCAAGUCCAGCGCUGCCACCUCGGCAGCGUCCGCCGCCGCAACAUCGGAUGCAGCCGAUACGGCCACUUUAUCGAAGAUUCCAACACCGCCUCUCUCCCCACUUCCACUCCGCCCUGUGGCGAGUGGGCGGCAAAUCACCAGCCCACAUGCUAAGACGCCAAGCCACGCGGGCACGAACACUGCUUCUCUUGCGCAUCCUCCUUCGCGCCAGGCGCCACCGCCGUCGCCGCAGCAGCAGCAGGAAGAAGAGCACCCCCUUGCGAAGCGAUCGCCGGCCUCCGUUCCGCAGGAAACCACCCCAAACAUCCUCUACAGCAACCGCAGCAGCGGUGUCGUGGCUCCCACUGCCGGUGACAUAGUGCGACAGCAGCAGCACGACCGCCACUCAGCGCUCAACUCUCCUUCAACCCGAUCGCAGGUCGGUGCGAAUCGAUCGGCGAGCACCAGCAGUCUCCUGGAGCCUCUCCUCUCUCCGCUGCUGCAGCGCCGGUCUCAGUGGGGUGGCAUCGGCGGUGGCGCUGCCGGGCCGAAGGGACUGCGCGAAGGUAUGAUGAACGGAGGCAGCGGCGGCGGUGGCUUCUUUCCGUCCGACAGCCCCGCGCUGGGCUUCACACAGGUGCACAGCACGCUGGCAGAAGAAUUCAGCCUGGAUGUGUCAGAGACAGAGUCGUCGUCGGCAGCCUCGGAGUAUCUGUACGAUGUGGAAGAGUAA